AUGGAAAAAAAAAACAAAGUAAUAUUUAUAAUUUCUUUAAAAAUAAAAAAGAUAAUUACAACAACAGUAAUAACUAUGAAGAAUCUUUAGAGCCAUCACAAUCUUUGUCAGGUGUCAUUAGAAAAACAUUUAAACUGGAGGAGAGAAAAUAAUCUUAAAAUAUUAAGAAAAUAUUAUUCAAACUACUUGAAAUUUGCAUUUAUUCAAGAACCUGAUAGUGAUCUGCAUCCACGGCCACUUUGUGUUGUGUGUUCUGACAUAUUAUCCAAUGAUGCUAUGAAACCUUCGAAACUUGCAGACACUUCCAAUCAAAACACAAGAAUCACAAAAAAUAAAAAGCCGUAUACAAUUGGAGAAGACUUAAUUAAGCCUUGCAUGUCACAAGCCGGUGAAGUAGUAUUGCGAAAGCGGUCUAUAAAGAAACUCAAAGAAAUUCCUAUGUCUGCUAAUACUAUCAAACGCAGAAUUGAAGAAAUGGCUGAUAAUAUUGAAAAUCAAGUUAUAAUAAUGGUGAAAAAUUUACCAUUUUACUACAAUACUCAAUAA